AUGGCGCCGCUGUCCAGCAGGACCAAAAAGCGGCUAAGUUCGAGUUUAGGGUUAGGGUUAGGGUUAGGGUUAGGGUUAGGGUUAGGGUUAGGGUUAGGGUUAGGGUUAGGGUUAGGGUUAGGGUUAGGGUUAGGGUUAGGGUUAGGGUUAGGGUUAGGGUUAGGGUUAGGGUUAGGGUUAGGGUUAGGGUUAGGGUUAGGGUUAGGGUUAGGGUUAGGGUUAGGGUUAGGGUUAGGGUUAGGGUUAGGGUUAGGGUUAGGGUUAGGGUUAGGGUUAGGGUUAGGGUUAGGGUUAGGGUUAGGGUUAGGGUUAGGGUUAGGGUUAGGGUUAGGGUUAGGGUUAGGGUUAGG